AUGGGAUUGGACCAUCCUUAUGUUGUGCAGCUACUGGAGCAAAUGUCGGAGGUCGAUGUCGCUGUUUCAGGCUCGCAUCAGCGUAAAACCAAGAUGAAGAGCAUACGCGAAGAUCCAGCGCUAAUUGCCACCAAAAUGGUUUCGAGUAACGUAGGGGGAGCAGGCCAGAAAUGUAAUCUUCUGCCUGAUGAGCGAUCCUUGUCCAGCCUGAGUUUCGCUGAAGAGAAAUCGAGAAUACUCGCACAGCCCGUUUGGUUGAGUACAACGACUGCAGUCAUUGCCCUCGGCCGGUUUAUGUCCCGUGCAGAUGCCUACCCAACUGGAUACCAAAUACUCAAACGAGCGGAAGAACAGAUUUACGUACUCACUGCCAUAGGAAGCCGAGAAUUUCAAGCCAGAUCAACAACAGAAGUUAUCUGCACCGAGAAGUCACCAUUAUUAACCUUGAAACGUCUUCAGAAUGUGUCGGACUUUUUCGCAGGGGCCCUUACUGAAACACAUGCGGCCGAGCAGUGGGGUUUCGUCGACGAACGUGUCCGACGAUGGUUCGCCGAUAUGAGAAACGUUGUCAGCGAUCCGGAGACACUGCCCUCAAUUACACUCGGGGAAAACUGCUCUGGUCAUUAUCAUGUAGCCACGAUUGAUGGACCCAGGUAUAAGCGAGAUACGGUAACCGCAGAGUUUACUUCUGUAUCCGAACUCGCGGGGUUAGAUAUCUUUGCACCAACCUUCAUCCGUACAUUGGAAAUGCCCUUGGAAAACUUUACCGAUUUGAGCGUUUCCGACCGGUGCGAAGAUGGGCAAUAUGAUAUAGACGUGGAAUCUGAAUUCGGCAAGGCGGAUGUUGAGCAGCCGGACAAUAUUCGGCAUUCCCUCACGCCCUGCCCAGAGUUGGACGUGAAACCCAUAGAGCCAGAUGGCCAUCAGGUUCUCGAACGAGCACAGUCUGUCAUGUCUGUUGUAACCGAUACAUUGCGUGAAGCAGGCAGCAGGUUAGCUUUGUUACAUGAACAACAGAAGGGCCUUGCUUCUCUGUUGCCACCCGUGAUCAGACAGCGUCUUGUGAAACGUGAUUGGGAUGCAAAAGCAUUACGAGUGAAAAGGAGUUACGACCAGCGAGAGAAGUUAAUGGUAAAAGAGUUAAAGCGACUGCAGUCUCAAAUUUCCGAUGCAGAGAAUAUGAUGGCAAUUGCCAGGAAAAAGAGGCGAGCCUUGAUAGAGUGAGUCUUAGAAGUCCCAACUAUCUCUUUCACUCGUAACAUAUCCUUCUGCUAGAGGACUCGAGGAAACACUAGCGGCAGUUGUGGCGAUGGACUGACAUUCCAUAGUCGCGUAGAGAUCAAUCGGCUCCUAUUACUAAGUGUGAUUUGACAAUGAGGACCUUAUAUUGAGUACACGUAAUUACUAUAGAUACUCCUAUUGAUUUGUGUAAAGUACGGCGGGUGGCUGUCGCGCA